AUGAAUCGGUCCCCGUAUCGGCCCCGACCCCCUGACUUGGCCUGCUCCCCGCGGUUACCUCUAUUCCCCCAACUUGGUAGUUUUCUGAUAUCCUUUUGUACGAGGCCUAUAGGUGUCAAUGGUAUUCCCAGGUCAUUGAGUCCCCACGCACUCCCAUAUGCCUCUGAGUGGAUUCCUACUGCAUUCGGACCCAUUUUGUCCGACGAGCUGAUAUUCGAAGCCCCUGCUGUACCCCUAUUCCCCCAAGUAUUUAGUCGCACCUCUUCCCUGUUUCUGAGUCCCCACGCACUCCCAUAUGCCUCUGAGUGGAUUCAUACCGCAUUCGGACCCAUCGUCUUGCCUGUGCUGUUACAGUACAAUUUUCCCCCUUUUCCGGAUGAGGAAAACACGUUGACGUGUUCCACUACUCAGGAAAUACUAGUCCUCGGGCCACCCUAA